CAGAUAGCUAAAGCAGAGAAGGCUGAAGGAGAGGAAACAGAUGGUGCUUCUACGUCGAAACCUGUACAUAUCUCCACUACAAGAACAGGUCCAGCUCCACCUCCAGCUCCAUAUCCGAUUCCAACUAUGGCUCCUAUGCCACCGCUCUUUUGGCCGUCCAUUGUUCAACCUUUCAACAGUUUCGUAUUACAGUGUAAUACUGCAAAUGUUUCUGGUAUUACGUCGGUGUUGUCUUCAUCUACUGCCGGAGAAUCAAAUUCUAUUACGAAUCCAGGAAAUCCAUUCUAUGUACUUCCUGUCCCUUGCUUGAUCCCGUUUAAUCCUCAAAACAGUCCGGUUUUUCCUUGGUCCGCUACCCUAGACAAACAUCCAGAGACUUCCGGGGUCCAUCACUGUGAUACUUCAUAUCCGAAUAUGGAGAACAAUCCAGCAGCCACUGCUCAGGAACGUGAGACAGAUGCUCCUGAUUCAGUACAAGCUACACAAAACUGGCAGCCCGGUACCUCUAGGCAAAGUGACACACGUCAUCGACAACACAACACCCCUGACAUCAACGCCACUGUCUCUUUUACUGCAGGACAGGUAGGAGAUACUUCAGAAAAGACAACAUGUCAAGAAUCCAUCACCUGCUCUAGCGACAAGUCGGCAGAUGCUGUUGCAGCAGCAGCAGAGGCUCGGAGACGAAGGAAAGAGCUACUGCAUUUGAAAGGCCAUCACUCUGACACCCCCAAUCACUAAGCUUCCGACGCGUGUAAGUUUAGUCAAGCUAUAUAUGAUAGUUGAUGUAACACCAGCAAAACAUUACACAAGUUUUGAGUUGAUUUUGUGUUUUGCGACGAGUAAAUAUUAGAAGAGAAUGUAGGAAAAUGUGCUUCUCCUGUAUUCUAAAAAUUUUGAAAAUCUUGUUAGUUAAACUACUAA